GAACCUGAUGGUUUUCUUGGAAUGGGAUUUAUCUGUUGACCCGCUGCUCUACGCUGAUGUGAAGAAAUCGUCGGGGAAUUGUUUGCAUCGACUCCAGAUGUAAUUCCAGUACAGUGAAUGGCAUUACAGGAGAGAAAAUGGCUAAAAUCUGCACAGAACUUUCAUACCCUUCACAAAGAUCUGCCUUCACCCCUGAGCCAGCUAUUGAAUGGAUCGAGAGAGGAGAAAGUGAUCGGCCACCCAAUGGACUAAUGGGCAGGAUGUCCCAGUUUAUCCUGAGGCUUGGAGGAAGGUCCACACAUUGUCAAGCAUCUGAAUGCAAUGAUUCAGUUACAUUGGAGGGGACUGAAGACAUGGGAGGCCAAAAAGAAGCAUCUUUGGACAACAGAGGACAGGACAAACUAUGCAAGUGGAACUUUAACAACAAUGCUGGUCGUUGGCCUCUUGCAACACUAAAUAUGAACAACUGCAACAACACAGAUGAUAAAAAGAAUGACAAGGAGAUAAAGAAAGAUGAUAAGAAAGAGGAACCAAAAAAGGAAGAGAAGAAAGAAGAAAAGAAAGAUGAAAAAAAAGACGAGAAAAAGGAUGAGAAAAAGGAGGAGGAGAAACCAAAACAAGUUUGGAUAAUAGAUCCAGCAACAGAUAUGUACUAUCACUGGCUCACCACUGUCGCAAUACCAGUCUUCUACAACCUAAUGAUGCUUGUUUCCAGAGCCUGUUUCAAUGAGCUGCAGGAUAAUUUCACCAUCCUAUGGGUAGUUUUGGACUAUACAUCAGAUGCCAUCUACUACCUUGACACAUUUUUGAGAUCGAGGACAGGUUUCUUGGAACAAGGUUUGCUAGUGAGAGAUUCAAAAAUGCUGUGGGAGCGCUACAAAAAGUCACCACAAUUCAGAUCUGAUGUGAUAUCCAUGAUACCGACAGACAUAUUAAUGCUGAAAGUGGGCUACAACAUUCCAGAAUUAAGAUUCAAUCGCCUUUUCAAGAUGGCUCGUCUGUUCGAGUUUUUUGACCGCACUGAAACCAGAACCAACUUUCCCAACAUCUUUCGAAUCAGCAACCUCGUCCUUUAUAUCCUUAUCAUUAUCCACUGGAAUGGCUGCAUCUUUUUUGCCAUCUCAAAAACAAUCGGCUUUGGGUCAGACACUUGGGUGUACCCCAACAUCAGUGACCCAGAGUUUGGUCGUCUUUCCAGGAAGUACAUCUACUGCCUUUACUGGUCUACUCUCACCCUCACCACCAUUGGAGAGACUCCACCACCUGUUCGAGAUUUUGAGUACUUAUUUGUUGUUGCUGAUUUUCUCAUUGGUGUACUUAUUUUUGCCACCAUUGUUGGUAACGUUGGUGCCAUGAUCUCUAACAUGAAUGCUUCCCGUGCCGAGUUUCAAGCCAAGAUUGACUCCAUCAAGCAGUACAUGCAGUUCCGAAAGGUCACCAAAGAUCUGGAGGCCCGUGUCGUAAAGUGGUUUGAUUAUCUUUGGACUGAGCAGAAGACCUGUGAUGAAAAAGAAGUCCUCAAGAACCUUCCAGACAAACUCAAGGCGGAGAUUGCCAUCAAUGUCCAUCUAGAAACCUUGAGGAAGGUUCGCAUCUUCCAGGACUGUGAAGCAGGACUUCUUGUCGAGCUUGUCCUCAAGCUUCAACCACAGGUUUUCAGUCCUGGAGACUACAUUUGCAAGAAGGGUGACAUUGGACGAGAAAUGUACAUUAUUAAAGAGGGUAAACUCGCAGUAGUGGCAGAUGAUGGUGUAACACAGUUUGUAGUGCUCAGUGAUGGUGCCUACUUCGGUGAGAUCAGUAUCUUGGGCAUCAAAGGCAGUAAAGCAGGAAACCGCAGGACUGCUAACAUACGCAGUGUGGGAUAUUCAGAUCUGUUUGCACUCUCAAAAGAUGACCUAAUGGAAGCUCUGACUGAGUACCCGGAGGCCAAGAAAGCUCUGGAGGAGAAAGGUAGGGCUAUUCUGAUGAAAGACAAUCUCAUUGACGAGGCUGCGGCCAAUGCUGGCGCUGACCCCAAAGACAUGGAGGAAAAAGUCAGUAUUAUAGAGACAAAUCUAGAGGUGAUGCAGGCCAAAUUUGCCCGGCUUAUGGUAGAUUGGUCAACCAGCCAGAACAGGAUCAAACAGAGGAUCACCAAUAUGGAGGCUAGAGUCAAGACUCUUAGAGAGGAGGAUUUAUCCGAGGUCGUGGAGGAUAAAAAGGACAAAUAG